GCGUAGCCGAUCAUCAAAAGCAAGCAAAAAACCGGAAAUGAUUUUGCUCUAAUCAGAAUAUUAUUUACCUAUUUUCGGAAUGUCUGGAAGUGGACAAAGAGCUUUUGCACAAAAAUUAAAUAAACAAGGAAAUGCAGCAGAAGUGAGAAAGCAGAUAUCAUCUACCAUUUACAAUGAUUUACCUCGCAGUGUUAGUGGAGUGAAUUUAACAGAGCUGUCAGGCAGUGUUGACGUGUCAGAGCCCCCGGACUUUGAGGAGUUUGUAGUACAGAACCAGUCAUUGGUUGACAGGGAUCCCUACCGUGACCGCCUCCUCUACCCUGAUGAUGAUGACAUCGAGGUUCUCUCACUUCCCAAACGUUGCAGAACUGUCACACAUAUUGUGCCAGAAAUCGGGAGUGAUGUUGACCCACAUGUGUUUGACUGUGUCAGAAGAUACACAGCAGAUUACACCAUAGUCAGCCGCAGAUACCAACAGUACACAAAUGGCAAGCAUGUGACGGACCGGGAGUGCCUGGUACAGCAGGAGUAUGAGGUGGACAUGGAUGACACCACUGACCAGGACAAGGACCCACCAAACAAGCGUCAGUCCAUCCACAUGAGUGAGACCCCACGUGGGAGUUGGGCCAGCAGCAUAUUUGACCUGAAGCAGUCGCAGGCCGAUGCCCAGCUACCCAACCUGUUUGACCGUGUAACGCACGAGGAGGUGGACCGCAACAAUGAGAUACAGCGACAACAGAACCGCCAGGACACACUCUUCUCUUUGUAUCCUCAACAGGAGGAGGAGGAGCAGAUAGAGAAGCGUGCGUUUGUGAUGGCCCCAACGGAGCACUUCGGGCAUCGCAUCAUUGUCAAGUGUCUCCAACUCAAACUGGAGCUGGAAGUGGAGCCUAUAUUUGCCUCAAUGGCCUUGUAUGAUGCGAAAGAGAGGAAAAAGAUAUCGGAGAAUUUUUACUUUGACCUGAACUCUGAUAGUAUGCGUCGUAUGGUGAGCAUGCACUUGCCGUUCUCUGACCCGUCCACAACGAGCAAGGCCGCCAUCUUCAGCAUCACCUAUCCAUCCCCUGAUGUCUUCCUGGUGGUUAAGCUGGAGAAGGUCCUACAACAAGGAGACAUAUCAGAGUGUGCCGAUCCAUACAUUAAAGAAGAGAAGAACAAGGAGGAAAAGUAUCGGUCCAAUGCCGCCCAGUUCUGUGAGCGACUGGGCAAGUACCGAAUGCCAUUUGCCUGGACAGCUAUAUACCUGAUGAACAUUGUAAAUGGGGCUCACAGCCAUGAGAGGGAAACCUCGGUGGACUCCAUCCGGUCAGAGUCGGAGAUGACCCGGGCAGCCAGUCUGGAUCGAAGGAGUGGCUUGCCCCCUGGUCAGUAUGACAGUUUCCGGAAGCGUCCAAAGGAUGACAUAUUGGCAAGUCGAGCGUACAGCACGGAGCGUGGGAGGUCUGGGUAUGAGAAGCGCCGUAGCUGGUCACCAGAAGACUAUGGCAGCAAUCUUGGCAACUUCCGGCCUGUCACCCUCACAGUCUCCAGCUUCUUCAAGCAGGAAGGAGACAAGUUAAGUGAUGAGGACCUGUAUAAGUACCUGAUUGACAUCAAACGACCAUCUAACGUCCUCAAGAGGGUCAAAUGUAUCCCAGGAAGCCUGAAGCUUGAUAUCUCCCCCUGCCCUGAGGAGCCCCGCCAAGUAUUGACCUCUGACCUGUGGAAGGUGGAGCCGUAUCCGGAGGACCGCAACAAGCCAAUAAAGGAAGUGCUGGAGUUCCCCACACAUGAGGUCUUCUCCAUGGCUACCACCUACAGGAACCUGCUAUAUGUGUGCCCAAGUAGCCUGAACUUUGCCAACCGGCAGGGUUCUGCCCGGAACAUUGCGGUCAAGGUGCAGCUGAUGUGUGGAGAGGAUGAGGGCUGUGCCAUUCCUGCCAUAUUUGGGAAGUCCAGUUGCCCAGAGAUGUCAAAGGAGGCCUAUACAUCUGUUACUUAUCAUAACAAGUCCCCGGACUUCUACGAGGAGGUGAAGAUUCGGCUGCCUGGCUCCAUCACAGAGGCACACCACAUACUGUUCACGUUUUACCAUAUUAGCUGCCAGGCAAAAAAGGGAGAACCCACACCUGUAGAGACUCCCGUGGGAUAUGCGUGGCUGCCUCUGUUGAAGGAAGGGAGACUGAAUAUGGGAGACAUGUACCUGCCUGUUUCCGUGGAGAGACUCCCACAAAACUACUCAAUGCUCUUUCCAGAUAUCCACACCCUUCCUGGUAUGAAGUGGGUUGAUAACCAUAAGGGAGUGUUCCAUGUCCAGCUACAAGCUGUCUCCACUAUACACACACAGGAUGAGAGGCUAGACCGGUUCCUGUCACUCUGUCGAAUGGCCCAGGAGCAGAAGCUGCCUGCCCGCAAGUCUGAGGCCCAGUUUGAGAGUGAGCUGAAGCAAUCCCUUGCUCAGCUGAUCCAUGCCAGGGGAGAGAACCUUGUACAGUUCCUCUCGCUCAUCCUUGACAAGCUCAUCCUCCUCAUGAUCAGACCUCCAAUCAUCAGCGGUCAGAUUGUGAACACGGGCCAGCCAGCGUUUGAUGCGAUGGCCCAGAUUGUUCAGAAGGUUCAGGACAUGUUGGAGGACAAGAAUGACAGUAAUGGUCGCAACUCUGUCCUUGCUGCGUAUAUACAAUACUCCUGUACCCUCCCUCAUCCAGGACCUGGUCUAGCUAGUCAGAUGUCGGUGGGUAGCGGAUACAAUACUAUGGGUCGCCCGUCCACCCUGCCUAUAGGAACAGGCGGCUACCAGCGCUCCACCAGCAACCCAGACCUCACCACCCCCACCACUCCAGAGGCGGAAAUGUCUGGCUUCUUCAGCAACAGGACAGGCAGUAUGAGGACAGAUGACUUCCCUUAUGCUGUGGGGCGCCCCAGGAAUAAAAAGCUGGUGCAUGAGGAGUUUGCCCUACAGUGGGUGGUGCUGAGUGGAACAACACGGGAGACGGCCCUAGCUAACGCCUGGUUCUUCUUCGAAAUCAUGAUAAAAAGCAUGGCUGAGCACCUGUCUAAGACUGACAGUCUGUGUGCCCCACGGCAGAUGAGGUUCCCAUCCCACUUCAUAGAUGAUGUACAGUCCCUCGUAUACAUGCUUAUCAAGGACAUUGUAGAAAGAUAUGUCAAGGACCCUCCAAUGAUUCGGAGCCUGAACACGAGCCUGGCCUUUUUCCUGCAGGAUCUGCUCUCCUACAUGGACCGUGGAUUCGUCUUUCAGCUAAUCAAACACUUCACACUCGAGGUCAACCUAAAGAUCAAGUCACUGACAGAUGCCACCAGUCUGCGUCUGCUUCACCUGGACUUCCUGCGUAUAGUUUGUGCUCACGAGCACUUCUUCACGCUGAACCUGCCAUUUGGAACACCUCUGACUCCAUCCACUAACAGCAGUAGCCCGACCCCAAGCAUAGCGAGCAUUACGUCCCAGGAUUCCCAGUCUUCGUACACCUCGACCAGCACAAUCACGAACAAGGGCGUGUUUUACGAGCUGACCCCUGAGUUUCAGUCACAACACUAUCUGGUCGGCCUCGUUCUGAAAGACCUUGCAUUGGCUCUUGAUACCAAUAAUCCCACACUGCACCACAAGUCAAUCAACGUAGUUCAGUACUUGCUCCACAACCACGAUGUAGACGUCCGCUACACUGACCUGGAGAUGAAGGCUCGCCUAGCUGCCCUCUACCUGCCCCUCAUAGGCAUUGUCAUCAAGGCUCUGCCACAGCUGUAUGACCCUAACACUGAGGGCCGUUACCGUAACGACGAAGAAAUGGACACCAUCAACCAGCGUGUUGCCAUGGCCAUCGCUGGACAGAACAUGUUUGGUCGCUUCUCAGACAGCCAUAAUAGUCACAGUGACAUCAGUGCAAAGAUCCGUAAAUGUCAGUUAAAUGCUGAAGACAGUCGUAACCUGCUGAUUUGUUUCACCUGGGUGUUGAAGAAUGUGGACAAGUCUGUUCUGCGGACGUGGUGGACAGACAUGCCCAUCAACCGCCUCAACUGUAUCCUGGAGAUCAUCUAUUAUGCCGUCUCCAACUUUGAGUACAGGGCCAAGUGGACUAAACCAAACUUGGCACUAAUGUCGAGAAUGACUGAGUCCCAGGAGACUUUAGAAGACUGGAAAGAAAGUCCGACUAGCACUUUGUCACGUCUUAAAAGUGCAAGCCUUCCAAAGUCUCUCUCUAAGAGUGACCUCUGGGAGGGAUUCCAAAGGAAAUCUCAGGACUUUCUAAAGGGAAGUGGAAUGCUCAGUCGAACCAACAGUAAAGAUGAAUCAUCCAAUCAGCAGGGUAAGAAGAGCAUGGCCCAGUUUUCCCAACAGACUAUGAAGAAGAGUGUGGACAUGAAGACUCGUCUGGAGGAGGCAAUGUUGGGCGGGGCCAACGCCCGCGCUGAAAUGAUGCGCCGCAGACAGAGUGCAAACAUGAGCUCAGUUACCAGUCUGUCUGGUGACCGUACGCCUCCCAGUAUGAGCCCCAUGAAUACAAUGGACAGUAGCAGUAAGCUGAGGUGGCGCAAGGAACAGUGCCAGUGGAGGCAUUCACAUGAUCCGUUUGAAAACCCUAAGCCACGAGAUGUGGAGGCUGAUGCCCACAUUGAGGGGAACCUGGCAGCUGAGGUCAGCAUGGUCGCCCUUGACACACUUGAGCUUAUCAUACAGAUCGCCCAGAGUUCUGAGGCGAUGCAGCCCCUGUUGAGCAGUGCUUUGAGGGUCCUACUGCACUGUCUCCGCCUCAACCAGAGCUGUUUUGUCCUCCAACACAUGUUCAGCUCACAGAGGUCACUCGUCACAAAGUUUCUGGACCUGUUGUUUGAGGAGGAGACAGAGCAGUGUGCUGACCUGUGUCUACGCCUUCUGCGUCACUGCAGUUCCUGUAUUGGCAACACCCGUGCGCAGGCCUCCGCCUCGCUUUACAUGCUUAUGAGGCAAAACUUUGAACUUGGAAAUAACUUUUCUCGAGUAAAGAUGCAGGUGACAAUGUCUCUGAGCUCACUGGUUGGCCAGAAUCAGAACUUCAAUGAAGAAUACCUGCGCAAGUCUCUCAAGACAAUCCUCACCUAUGCUGAGGCUGACACAGAGCUGCAGGAAACUACCUUCCCUGAACAGGUGAAGGACCUUGUGUUCAACCUGCACAUGAUCCUGUCUGACACAGUCAAGAUGAAGGAGUUCCAGGAGGAUCCGGAGAUGCUGCUUGACCUCAUGUACCGUAUCGCCAAGGGUUACCAGACCUCCCCGGACCUCCGACUGACAUGGCUCCAGAACAUGGCCUCCAAACACAGCGAGAGAGGUAACCAUGCGGAGGCUGCCCAUUGCCUGAUCCAUGCGGCGGGGCUUAUUGCAGAGUACCUCAACAUGCUGGAGGACAAAACAUACCUGCCAGUGGGUUGUGUCGAGUUCCAGAAAAUCACUCCAAAUGUGCUUGAGGAGAGUGCAGUGUCGGAUGACAUCGUGUCACCAGAUGAGGAGGGUAUAUGUACAGGGAUGUACUUCACGGAGAACGGGCUGGUCGGACUGCUAGAACAGGCUGCUAGCUGCUUUACCAUGGCCCAGAUGUACGAGGCCCUGAGCCACCUGUACCGGGUAUUGAUUCCGAUCCACGAGCAUAAUCGGGACUUCAAGAAGCUCUCACAGCUCCAUGGCAAACUGCAGGAGGCAUUCGGCCAGGUCAUAAAACAGGCGGGCAAGCGAAUGUUUGGGACAUAUUUCCGUGUGGGUUUCUACGGGCACAAGUUUGGGGACCUGGAUGGGGAAGAGUUUGUGUACAAAGAGCCUUCCAUCACCAAGCUGCCCGAGAUCUCACACAGACUCGAGAGUUUCUAUAGUGACCGGUUUGGUCCGGAAAACAUUGGGAUGAUCAAGGACUCGAACACUGUGGAGAGGGAAAAACUAGACCCUGCCAAGGCAUACAUCCAGAUCACUUAUGUGGAGCCGUACUUUGACUCCUAUGAGCUGAGGGACAGGUUCACAUACUUCGAGAAAAAUGUCAACAUCAAGCGGUUCAUGUACGCGACCCCAUUCACACUGGACGGGCGGGCCCACGGUGAGCUGCAUGAGCAAUACAAGCGGAAAACCAUCCUCACCACCAUACACUUCUUCCCUUAUGUGAAGACACGCCUCUCAGUCAUUAACAGAGAACAGGUGAUCUUGUCUCCUAUCGAAGUUGCAAUAGAGGACAUCAUGAAGAAGACUCGUGAGCUUGACUUGGCCCUGCGCCAGGAACCGCUGGACACCAAGAUGCUUCAGAUGGUCAUGCAGGGAUGUCUUGGCACCACCGUCAACCAGGGUCCAGUGGAGGUGGCUAAUGUGUUCCUGAAGGAUGUGGCUGCGGGUAAACAGCUCGGCAUGAAACACCACAACAAGCUCAGACUCUGCUUCAAAGACUUUCUCAAGAAGUGUUACGAUGCAUUACACCGGAACAAGACUCUGAUCUCGACGGACCAGAAGGAGUACCAGCGAGAACUGGAGCGUAACUACCACUCGAUCAAGGCCAAACUCAGCCCCAUGAUCUCUUCAGAGUCUGCUGCUACACUCAAACGCAACAAACACCAUAAACGUGAUGGAAGGGAAUCGAGAAAACAUCAUUCAUCAAAAUGUUGACAUCUACAGUUACAUCUCAAUACUUGUCAACUUGAAGUGUGAACAUAUGUAUGGCCUCCACAAUGAGGAGGCUCAUGACAGUUUAAACAGAUGAAGAUUUUGGAGUGAUUACACAAUGUAUUUAUCUAGUCUUGAAAUCCAGUCACAAAAGCAUGUCUCAGAUCAAACCAUGAACUUAUUGCUUUGAUUAUAUCAGGGCAUUAUAUGAUAGUGGUUGUUGACAUACAGUAUUUUAAGCUGCACUCUUGUCUUACAUGUUUGAAUAUUUUAUGACAGUUUUGAACUCAAAUGUUACCAUGUAAUGGAAGGUAGAGGUUAGAAUCUCCAUAUUUACUAGUUCAUUAAUUUUAGUACUUAAAUGUAUUAAUAUAGACCUAUUCGUUCGUACAGUGUAUAUAUCUCUGUCACAGUAUAUGCUAACUUUUUGUAUGGUGAUGUACUUUGUGCCUCUGCUGAUAAGUCUAUCCAUAGUCUGUGCCAUUAACCAAAUAUAUGUUUUGAGAAAACUAAUGUUUAUUGUAACAAUAGAUGCUGGUGUAUGAGAUGUCUGGUGUCAUAUAUAGUUGACUGGUUUGUCCAUGUUUACCUUGUUUAAGAAUCUACCGUUUGUUUAUGAUAUUGGUAUAAUAUGCAUUGAUGUCUUAUUUGUACUUUUAUAUCUGAUAUUAGGUUUUCCUUUUCAUAGAUGUGUUUUUAAUGUCCAGUGUAAAUCGCUGGAGUUGAUCUUGUGCAAUAUUCUAGUCAUUUCUGUCAUUUAUUCAUCAUUAUUAAUUGUUUAUGCACUUUUACUUUUUCUCUAAAAGAACAUGCACAACAGUGUAAUAGAUAUUGUUACUAUAGCAAUAGUUAUUAAAAGCCCUACACCUGUGGGUAGAAAUAUAA